AUGUUUGAAAUGGACCCCGUGCUGUCUGGUUCACUGUGCUUUCUAGUACUGGCUAUUGCCAUGUAUCUCAAGUUUAUUCGUGAGCAGCCAUGGAGUGACGAGGAGAUUUUGGACCACAAGAGUAGUCCUGUAGAUGGAGGAGACGAUACCAUGCCUUUCCUGAAUCGGACGUCUCCUACCAAUAGAUUGCAGACUCAGCAACAGAAACGUGGACAAGGGCGACAACAGAUUCAACAGGUUGAAAAGACACAGCAGCAACUGCUGCAACCCCAUCAUGGGUACGUAGGAUUCACACAGAGCAGACAAACGACGUCCUCGACGGUAGCAACCGCUGGCGUCGAUGCCACGGCCGCAUCUGGAGCUAAUUAUCUUCCCCAGAGCUUGCAACCUAUGCGGAGACGGACACACAGCGCUACAGCAACUACCACAGCUUCAUCCAGUAACGAAGUUAAGAGCAAUGCAGUAGACGGAGAACUUGCUAUGGACCAGCUGCCGACUACCAUAUAUGAAGGAGCUGCCUACGAUGAGUUUAGUCAGCAGGAACAACCGCAGGACUCUGGACGAAAUCAACAUCGGAUCACGUUUGACGAUUAUGAUGAAGAGAUGGGUUUCCUGUCGCCACCUCGAUAUGCGAAUAACUCGUUGGAAAGUGUAUCGUUUGAAGCUGAGAGUGAUGGAUUUUACGACCUGGAAAGCCAUCGACCUCAAGACCAUUUGCUUCAUAUUGCAACGUCAGAGCGAGUACUCAAGCCGAUCCAGAUUGGAGAGCUAUACCGCGGCGGAGAUUUGCUGGAAUCGUCUGACAUAGCAGAUGCGUCUUCUGACGCAAAGACACUGAAUACGAACAUUGAGCGGCAUUUUGUACGGGACGUGGCUCCGCCAGCUCAAAUGCAGCUCCAGGUCGCGCGCAAGGCACGGAUCCCAUUGUUUCUGCACUCGCCAAUAAAGAGACCGAAAUUGUCGAAGGCCAAAAAUGACAGUUUGCAUGUAGACUUCGAGGAGCUGCAAAUUGAAGAGAUGAUUGGUCAAGGCGCAUUCGGGACUGUGCAUCGGGCUAAAUGGCGGGGGACUGCAGUGGCCGUGAAAAUUUUGGUUUGCCAGCACUUGACGGCUGACAUACUUGGAGAGUUUGAGGCCGAAGUGCAGAUCAUGAGUAUUCUAAGACACCCUAACAUAUGCUUGCUGAUGGGUGCAUGUCUGGAGCCACCAACACGCUGCCUCGUGAUCGAAUACUUGCCUCGCGGCUCGCUCUGGAACGUUCUCCGUCAAGAUGUUGUUAUUGAUAUGGGCAAGCGGUAUGGUUUCGCGCGUGACACCGCACUUGGUAUGAACUACUUGCACUCGUUCCAACCACCGAUCUUACAUCGCGAUUUAAAGAGUCCUAAUUUGCUGAUUGAUUCAUCAUACGGUCUCAAGAUCUCCGAUUUUGGUUUAGCGCGUGUUCGUGCGCACUUUCAGACGAUGACGGGGAAUUGUGGGACAACGCAGUGGAUGGCACCCGAGGUGUUAGCUGCUGAAAAGUACACGGAAAAGGCAGAUGUGUUCUCAUACGGCGUCGUAGUCUGGGAGACCGUCACACGGCAGUGCCCGUACGAAGGUCUUACGCAGAUUCAGGCAGCGCUCGGUGUGCUUAACAACAACCUACGACCAACAGUUCCUGAGAAGUGUCCGCCCCUGUUCAAGAAGCUUAUGACGCUGUGUUGGGGAAGUACCCCUGAGCAACGACCGAGCUUCAAGGACGUGUUGGAAAUUCUGAACAGGUCCACCGAUAGCUCGGUACCUCUGCGACUUGACCGGAUUUAA